GCUCACCCCUGUGCCAAGACCCCGAUAUGUGCGAUCCUAACAUUGAAAACCACAGGGGAUAGCAGCACUUCGCGUGUAUGAUAUUGCUGCAACACGAUCACAUCACAACCAACAGACGAGCUAGUAGCUGCACACACAAACGAGUCUCGGGGAAUUGCCACCACAACAGUUCUGUGGCGGAGAAAUACAGGCGGAAAAUCGGGAAAAUACCCGGGACGGAGGUGCGGGCUCGACCACGCGCAACGCGCGGCCACGAUGUCGGAGGGUGCAAGCGCGGGACCUGCCGACGCCUCACAGGCCUCACAGGCCUCACACGCAAGUGCUGGCGGUCUGUCCUCUGCGGAUCAGGGAGCUGCCGCUGCGGACCCGAAGGCAACCGGCGAGGCUAUCGAUGAGAUGCUAGCCGCCAACGACCCCGUCAAAAACAGCAACGGCAAACGGGCGUACCCGGAGCCCAACUUCCCGAUCGAGCGGUCAGGAGCAGUGGAAGGGAAAGGGAGCUACCCCAUCCGGUUCAAACUGAACGCGGCGACCUACACACGGAAGAUCUGCCCGUGCGACGGUCAACCGGUGGGAAACAACGGCGCGGCUAUUGUUCUCCAGGUGCCUUGGAAGCGUAUCAUCGAGUGGCUGAAGCAGGAGGAGCAGCUCAGGGAGAAGGUCAGCGCCAACCCGAAGCUUUCGAAGGCCAAGCAGGUUCACAGCGGAGGGAAAGCUUCGACAGUCGACGCCGAACAAGCCCUUGUGGACUACAUGAACGAGCAGCGCAAGCAGCACCGCGAUUGUGGUAAUCGGGAGGUGAUGAACAAGCUGCUCGAGCUGAAGCCUGACGCCCUUGGCGGGAUGUCGACGAACGCGAAACCGGAGGAGGCGCUGGCUUUCAAGGUCAAAUUCAACUCCUGGUACCAACGGUUCCGCAAGCGGAAUGGGUUCAGCAUCCGCCGGCGUACCAGCGUGGGCCAGAAACUGCCGAAGGGGUACGAGGGUAUGGCGUGGGCGACGGUGAUGAAGCUGCGCGAGGCUCUCGUAAAGCGCGCCGGUGAGAUCUACGCUCGGCGCCACCCGCCGGCACCUGACGAGAGCCCCAUCAAAGGGGAGGAUCUGACUUCCGAGCAGCUGGCGUCUGUGGAGGCGGAGGUUUUCGAGGAACUCGGCAACAUGGACCAGACGCCAGUCCAGCACGAGAUGCCGGUGGAGACCACUCUGGAGAAGACCGGUGCGAAGGAUGCUCGCAUCAGCACAGGAGGCGAAGAGAAGGAACGCUUCACGCUCGUUCUGGCUGUCAUGGCGGACGGCAAAAAGGUUUCGCCGCGCAUCAUCUUCAAGGGCACGCCGUUCAUCCCCCCGACCGUGAGCGGCAAGGUCAAGAGCACCCUGCCGCGGAAGAACUCCGUCGCGUGGGAGAUCCAUUCUGCGAACNACGCUCGUUCUGGCUGUCAUGGCGGACGGCAAAACGAUGUUUCGCCGCGCAUCAUCUUCAAGGGCACGCCGUUCAUCCCCCCGACCGAGAAGAGCUGGAGUGACCAGCGGGAGUGCAACGGGUGGAUCCCGGGCAGCUGGAAGCUCCGUCCCAACAACGGCAGCAUCGUCCAGCAGCGCCCGUGCAUCCUGGUGCUGGACGACUUCAAGUGCCACAAGGACGAGGGUUUCAUCGCCGCCCUCAAGAGAGGCGCCAAGACCGUCAUCUUCAUCCCAGGCGGGUUGACGUCCUUGCUCCAACCGCUCGACCGCAUGCUCAACAAGCAGAUGAAGCGGCUGCUGCGGGGCAAGUACACCGCCUGCAGCGCUUCGGCGGUCGCAGACGCCCGGUCGGGGAAGCUGAAUCCACCGGAGCAUGGGGUUGUCUCUACGUGGUGCAAGGAAGCGUGGGAGUCCAUCACCUCCAAGACGGUGGAGACUUGCUUCAAGAUCUGCGGUCUCACGCUCGCGCUCGACGGCAGCGAACACCACGCCUGGUGCGAGCACAACUUCGGGGAAGACUACGGCGACCUUCUCGAGGAGCAGCACGCCGUGUGGCUCGCUGAGCACCCCGACGAUACUCUCCCGCCGCUCAAGCUGCCGAAGGUACCAGGGGGGUUCGACUCCAACCCCAUCACGGCUGCUCAGAAGGAGGUCGAGGGGAAGCUGCUGCCCUACGUCGCUGAUGAGAGCGACAGCGAGGUGGAGGUCUUGGAGGGCGACAGCGACGUGGAAGUCGUGGAGGGGCAGGGGGGCGGGGGCGCCGAAGGAGAAGUAAUCGAACUUUGAAUCAUAGUUCUUUGGGAUUGCCAGUGAGAUUGGUGUUUUUGCGAUGGUAGGGGCGCGGGCACGAAGUAGAGUUCAACCUGCCUAGGAAGUACAGUAGUAGGACGUUGGUAGCUCGUAGUGGUAGUUUGGUGUGAUUUUUUACUUCGUUUUUGGUUUCACCUGCGUUUAGAAUUGUUGAGUAGAUGCCGUUUGCCGAUUUGCCGAUCUUGAUUCUUCAGGACGAAAAGAAGAGAACAAAGAGUACAAAUACCACAUUUUUCAACAUCGUCAAGGUGCCGAGGGCAGCAGUAGCAGUGGAGCACGCGAUUCAAGCUCCCACAGUGUCCGGAAUUUCCAGCACAAGAUGCUGGUGAAAGGGUAUCACUUACCGCCAAACCUCACCGCACGUAUCGUGGUCUCCGCACAGUGUGUGGAGACCACGAUACCUGUGCGAUAUCUAGCAAAUCAUUCGGAACCCGCUUUUUUUCCGCACACCCUGUGCCAAGACC